AUGUACUGGCCCAAUGGAGUCCCCCGGGUCUACGCCGUCAAUGGCCCUGACAUCGCUGAUGUUUCAUAUGAUGGGGACCGCCAACAUACUCCACCCUCGCCGGAGCCGCGCAGCUCGAUAGAGAAUAGCAACGACGGGACAGGUGGUCCAGAAACCCCAGUCGGUGAAAGCCAGGAGCCAACCCCCGAAUCGGUUGCCGAAAAGGAUAUCCCAAAGUGGGAGAAUGAAGCUAUCAAUGGCCUAUGUGUGUCUCGGUCCGGCCAUAUGUUUGCGACCUUAACAGAGUCUUCGAUUUCCUUGUGGCAAACUAGGCCAACGGCAGUCGUUGCGGCCAUAGCGCGGUCUAAAUCUUCUCUUAGGACAUACGGCUCUAAUGUUGCGCUUUUAAUGCACCCGGAUUCGACGAUAUUGGCCGUCCAGACCCUCCACGGGUACCUUCUUACAUAUGCAGUAGCGUCGGACCCAGCGACACGAGUCUACCGACAACGCUUCGACCACUCAACACAUCCGCGCCGUCAACAAUUGACACAUUUCUCGGCCGUCGAGGAAUCCAAUGUGGUGGGAGACAUUAGUAUUAGGUUUCGAAUGGCAAUCAAGAUCGAAUCUGGGAUAGUCAAGGCGCUGGCGCUGGAUCAGGAGCUGGUCGUUGCCACGGUGAAACCACCGGCGCUACAAUGUAUUCGAUGGACCCCAGAGGCGGGUGGAACUCAAACAACAUCAGAAAUGUUGAGUCGCAUUCUAGGUGUUCCCAAGAAUGUGUCUAUUGUGGAUAUGGUCUAUGAUCGUGCCAUGAAUGUCUUGAUUUGGCUCACAAGUACUGGACAGGCAUAUGCCGUGCAACGAGUGACCGAGGCUCAACAAGAUAGCGAAGGUCCGAAAAAAUUGUUCCACGGACACUGUUUCCAUGACCCCAAAGAGGAUGGCGACAAAGCGGUCAAAGUGGCAGUCAAUGCCCGAUUUUCCCUUCUGACAGUCAGCUGCACAAAUGGCGAGAUUUUGGUCUACACAGCCAAAGAUUACACGGGAAAUGUGCCGCUUUCCCAAAAGCUGCAGCUUCCAGCAACGCCUACUACCACUGGGGCAUUAACCUUCAUGAGCUAUUCGCCGGACGGAUACUGUCUCUUUGCUGGCUACGAAAAUGGCUGGACAACAUGGAGUGUUUUUGGAAAGCCUGGCGGGAGUAGUUUCACCGUGGAUGCUUCGUUGGCGAAAUCCAAUGGAGAGAGCUGGCUAAUAGGUGUGUCCAGUGGUUGCUGGAUAGGAGGUGGAUCGGAUAUCAUUCUGUCAGGACAGAAUGACCGGCGUCUUUGGAUUCUGGAGACAGCUCGCAGUGCCUUGACGGGCUGCUUUUCUGCCGCCAAUCUUGCCCGGGGCCUACUGCAGACUGGAACCGAGUUGAUCCUCUACCGUGGCCAUGAUUUGCCAGAUCUUAUGACUAUCUCGGGCAAGGAUUCGCUGUGGCAUCAUGCCCAGUACCCACCGGCAUAUCUUCACUCACAAUGGCCUAUUCGAUCAACCGUCGUGUCUCAGGAUGGACGGUAUGUAGCUAUUGCUGGUCGAAGGGGGUUGGCACACUAUAGCGUAAAUAGUGGCCGAUGGAAAGUCUUUGAAGAUUCCAAGGUGGAGAAUUCAUUUGCUGUUCGAGGCGGCAUGUGCUGGUAUGGGCAUAUAUUGAUUGCUGCUGUUGAGGGGGAUGAAUCGUCAUACGAGAUACGUCUUUACUCGCGAGAGGCAGCGUUAAACAACAGCUCGAUCAUGUUUAUCGAGUAUCUACCAGCUCCUGUGGUGUUUAUUGGUCCAUCUGGAGAAGACUCUCUCCUGGUGUAUACCUAUGAUAACAUCCUGUAUCAUUACAUCAUCAACUCCUCACAGCCCCAAAUAACUCUUGUCCCUGUAGGACAGAUUGCGUUCAAUGGAAUUGUGCGAGCUCCAAGUCGAGUACGGGCCAUCAGCUGGGUCUUGCCCGAGGAGCAAAUGCACAACGGUGAUCCUUCCCAAGAUGUGAAGGUCGCAUCUGUGAUACUCUUGGUCGAUGGGAAUCUUGUUCUAUUGCAGCCGACAGUGACUGAGUCUGGUGAUCUCAAAUAUGACAUGCGGGUCAUCUCCCAUGAUGUGGAAUAUUAUAUCUUGAUGCGUGAUCAACUCUCUUUCAACUUUGCGCCUCCAAUCGACGAGUCUCUACCAGCGAGCCCUUCUGCUGAAAUCGCACUCAAUCCAUCCCAUGGCACCCUAUCACUGAGGGACUCCCUUUGGAUGUUCCGCGGUCAAGACCUGUUGGCAUGGAAUGAUGUACAUGACGUUCUCCAGCAAGAGACGGUGCCGGCACCGCUCAAUAUACCCCUGGACUUUUAUCCUCUCUCCGUUUUAUUGAACAAGGGCAUUGUACUAGGAGUGGAAUCCGAAUUGAUGCAGCGGCGAGACGUUACUUUUGCCACCCUCAAAUUUGCCAUUCGAACACAUCUCUUCCUCCCAUACUUCCUUCAAUACGGCUUGAUCAACUUCGGAACUCCCGCAGCCCUUUCUCUGUGCCGACACUUCUCGCACCUGUCAUACUUUGCGCAUGGUCUAGAAAUCCUCCUCCACCACGUCCUCGACGAGGAAGUAGACAACGAAAGCCGCGCCAACAAAUCCGACAAAUCAAUCAUCCGGGAAGAGCCCCUUCUCCCAAUCGUCAUCGCCUUCCUCCAAGCAUCUCUCCCCACGCGGGAGUAUCUUGACAUCGUAGUGCAGUGCACCCGGAAAACCGAACUCCGGUCCUGGCGCACUCUUUUUAACUACCUGCCCCCGCCAAAAGACCUUUUUGAACAGGCUCUCAGACUCGAUUCACUCAAAACGGCUGUCGGCUACCUCCUUGUACUUCAAGCCUUCGAGGACGAGGAACAGAGCCAUGACGGCCGGAUCGAGGAAUACGUCGUUCGCCUUAUUGGCCUCGCCUCGCAAAAGGGUGAUUGGGAACUCUGUGCCGAACUUGCUAGGUUCCUGAUUGCGCUUGAUGCUUCGGGUGAGAUGCUGCAACGUGCCAUUGGCCGUGUAGGAUUGCGCUCUUGGCCCUUGCGAAAUGGCACGCAUUCUGGGUUGGGGUCAAGGUCUGCCUCUCCGGCUGGUGUCAAGGGGCUUGGACUGAGCCUUCCAAUGAGAACACCCUCGUGGUCCUCUCUUUCGCCGACUUCAUCAUUGUCGCCCAAUCAAGGGGAUGUUUCGGAUGAAUAUCCACAUUCGGUUGAUAGUCAGGACGGUCUUUGA